UUCUCAACUAGUUGGUUGAUUUUUUGAGUAGCAGAUAUGGGAUGCUGUGGGUCAAAAUCGAAGAAAUCCAUCGAUCUUGAAGACUACUCCUACACCAAAAACAAGGAGAAAAACAAGGAGAAAAACAAGUAUGCAUUGGGUUCCGGGAAGCAAGGAAGCUAUCAGUCACUUAGUAAAAUGGACGAUCUACCUGAUGGCGAACAGAACAACUCGACAGACAAGCCUUAUGAACUCAGCCUUCCACAGGAUGAUUCUACUGAUGACCAUCUACUGACGAAAGACCCUAUGCAUGGCUCUGCCUCGUCUUUAGAUGAGCUCCUUGGGAAGAAAGAAAAAAUACCUGUUAAGAAGAACAACAGCAAAAAGGAAGAAAAGGAAUCCGUCAACUUCCUCAAGAAGCAGAAGAAAAAUGACAUGACAAUACCGGAAGAUGUCGAUAUUAAGUUUCAAGGGUCUGACAACAAACAGGGAAGUCGUAAUAUUGACAUUAAGACCUUGGACCGGGAACCGCGACGAUUAGACAAUGGAAAAACUCUGGUGGCAGAUAAAUGGAAGAGUGAACCGUUACUGAAUGAACCUCAUCACGAAAAGACUAAAAUCUCGGCCGUUAAGAAGUUGGGAUCAGUGCCUGAUGUUGCUGUUGAGCCGGCAAACCAAACUGCCAGCGUGAGGACGCUAGAGCAUGCUCAAAAGCCUAAAACUCUGGAGGUCUUGCGCAAUUAUGUUUUUAUGGGACACUUAAAUGUUAAAGUACCAAAAAUUGCUAGAAUGGUGCGUCUGUACGUGAGCACUACGUUUACAGAUACUCAAGUAGAACGGAAUGCAUUGAUUGAAAGAGUUUACCCUAAACUUAAGGAGUACUGCCAGGAGCAUGGGUACGAGUUUCAAGUGAUUGACAUGCGCUGGGGUGUAAAGGAACCACAUCUUGAUGAUCACAUGUUUGGGGAUCUCUGCAUCCGGGAAAUUCAAAUCUGCCAAACGGUUUCCACCGGGCCAAAUUUUGUGACUUUGCUGGGGCAAAAAUACGGCUUCUGUCCUUUCCCACCAAAAAUCUCCAUAAGUGAAUUCGAAGCACUCACCGCAGCUAUUGAAGACACCAAUGACAAAGACCUCAUCGAAGAGUGGUUCAAACGAGACGACAACGCUGUCCCCCCUGAAUACGUAUUGCAGCCAGUCACUUCAAAGUUCACUGGUUUUGUUAAUCCAUCGAGUAAAGAGACCAGAAAAGCAGCAUGGAAAGGUUGGCGGGAAGUUUUUGAGAGAUUACAAAAUAUUCUGAGGAUAGCGGCAGCCAAGGCCUUGAGUAAAGAUGCUGCUUAUAAAUACUGCGUGUCAGUUUCGGAAAAGGAGAUCGAGCAAGGGAUCAUAAAAGCACCCAACAGCAACUCUCAAACCCUCUGGUUCAAACGAACCAUCAUCGACUUGAAGGAAAACCUUAAGAGCGACAAAUCAGACAAAUUCAUUGACAUAAAAGAAAAAGGCAAAAAGUCCAAAGAAAAAGGAGCCAGUAAGACCAUACAGCUCCGUGAGGUAGACAAGGUGUCUCAGAAUUUACUAAAGAAUCUGAAAGACAAGAAGAUCAGUAAAGUGUUGGACAAGUCGAAUAUAUUCUCUUAUGACAUCAAAUGGGCUUCCAAUAAGAAUGAGAAAGAGACAAGCAUGACGCACGUAGAGUUCCUCAGUAAACUAUGCCAAGACUUUUUCCUGGUGAUAAGGAGGAGAAUUUCAGAUGGGAUCAAGGAACGCGAAGCCAAUGAUUUGAAAGAAAAGGACAAAGAUAACGUCUUCGAGGAAGCAACUCAACACAUUGCUGUCUGUCAAUGGAAAACUGCAGAUUUUCAAUGCAGAGAAGCUCUCCUGGCAAGAAUACGAGAGUAUAUAACAAACACUUGUAGCUCUCCUCUUGUGCUGUACGGAGGGUCUGGGUGUGGAAAGUCGUCAGUGGUUGCUAUGGCAGCAAAGCAAGUGCGAACGUGGGUCAAUCGAGAAGCCAUUGUAGUGCUGCGUUUCCUGGGUACCAGUCCAGACUCGUCCAGUUUGCGAUUGGUUCUCCGUAGUGUUUGUCUUCAGCUGUGUCGAGCUUUUGGUGUAAACUCUAACUUCGUUCCGCAGGAUUACCAAGAGUUAGUUCGUGACUUUCAAGACCGGCUUAGCAUGGCCAAGUCAAACCGACCAAUCAUUGUCUUCCUGGACUCGUUAGAGCAGUUAUCCCCCACUGAAAAUGCUCAUCUUGUCGCUUGGUUGCCAAGGAUACUUCCUUCGCAUGUGCAUGUGGUUGUUAGCACCCUUAAGGAUGACAGAUACGCUUGUCUGAGCUCACUUCGGAAAUUGAUCCCGGACUCGUCCAGUUUUGCGGAAGUGACGUCACUAUCACAGAACGAUGCGUCAGUAAUUCUAUCCUCCUGGCUUAAGCAUGACAACCGACAGUUGACUGACGCACAAAAGAAAAUUGUGUUAGACGCCUUUAAAUCUUAUCCAUCACCUUUCUUCCUUAAACUUGCCUACGAGAGAGCUCUUACCUGGAAGUCGUACACAGCCGAAAAAGAGUGCACACUCGAGGCUACCGCGCCCUUGAUGAUUGAAGCAUUCUUUGAGAAAAUGGAAAAUAAACACGGCAAGGUAUUUGUUGGAACUUUGUUUUCUUAUCUGACGAUAGAGAAGAACGGCUUUAGUGAAUCAGAGUUGGAAGAUCUUCUAAGCUGCAAUGAAGAUGUGCUUGAUGAGGCAUUUCGUUACUGGUCGCCACCCAUACGUCGUUUUCCGACGUCUUUAUUGGCCCGACUGCGCGCCGAUCUAGAGCCGUAUCUACUUGAACGCUGUAUCAACGGUGUACGAGUCUUUGCAUGGUACUAUCGGCAGUUCCGUGAGAUUGCUGCUAAGAGGUAUUUUGAUAAAGCCGCGGGUCAGGUCAAGAAGAUUCAUUGUGAAUUAUCGGAUUAUUACCAUGGACGAUGGACGGAAGGGGCCAAAAAGGAUGACGGGAAGGGAGUGUUGAAGGACCGCCAUGUUGCAGCACAACCGUUUAAGUUCAGCCAGAAAGUAUUCAAUCUGAGGAAACUAAAUCUGCUUCCUUACCAUCUUCUGCGAACCGGAGACGUCGAGAAACUGAAACAACAAACCUUGUGUAACUAUGAGUUCUUAUCAGCAAAGUUACUUGCGACAUCUCCACGUCACGUUUUGCAUGACUUCACUGACGCCCUCAGCUACUUCCCCACCGACAAGGACAUCGCACUUGUCCUCGAAACACUCCAGUUAUCACGUGAUGCUCUCACGAUAUCUGCUGACCAGUUGUCGGCUCAACUCAUCGGUCGUCUUUCCGCGCCCCGUUCUCCUAGUCCCGCUAUUGCGCGCUUGCUACGUCAGGCUCAUCAUCCCGCCAAAUUUUCGUUCAUCCCGAACAUUUCCUGUCUCAACCGACCGGGUGGAAAGCUUGUCCACUCGUUACCAGAUCUCCACAGCUCGCUAGUUCUCAGCAGUGAUAGUACCAAGGCGUUGUCUGUGUCGGGCGAUAGGGAUAUACUAUUAUGGGAUGUACAGAGUGGCAGCGUGCUACAGACCAUAGAAAGCACGAGUGACGUCAAACAAAUCUUGUUCUGUCUUGAUGACAAGCACAUCCUUGCAUCUUGCAAUGGAGCGAUUCGACAAUGGUUUUUGAAAACUGCUAAACUGAAGUUCGAAUUAGAAUCUACUGAGACUGCAGCGCCGAUCUCUGUAGCACAGAAUGGAAGUACGUUAGUUGCGAUACUGGACAAGAAGGUCAUUACUGCUAAAACAUCUGAUGGAAAGGAACUCAAGGAAUUCCAAGAUGGCGACUGUGAGCACGACCAACUUGUUAGCAUGGAUAACUUAGUGGCCUUGGCAAACUCACGUCAAUGUUACGUCAAAUUAUUUGACAUAGAAAGUCAAACCAUCCUUAAUACUAUCCAAGUGUUUGGAGAGAAUUCAAAUGACGUUGUUAGUACUAUGACAUUGAGUCCCUUCAAUGAGGGCCAACUGAUUGUCUAUUCACACAAGUCCUCUUGCGUCAGGGUCUUUGAUAUCAAGUGCACUAACUGCCUUCACGUAUUAGGCCCUGACAUUUUGUACCCAGCAAUUACCAGCGAUGGACAUUACAUGUUGUGUACCAAUAGUUAUAAUGAUGUGAGUGUGUGGAACCUCGAGACUGCGAUGAAGGAAAGGAACGUGAUUCGUCACCCACCAUCUACUGCUAUCAAUCAUAUUAUCAGUCAUAACAAGACGAUCAUCGUCACUGUGUCUGACGAUGAAAUGGUGAGAGUCUGGGAUCUAGAAAGAGAAGAGGCGUCAAACGUGGACUUUGAAGACAACAAAGGUGACCGGUGCAUUGAAUACCUCGCUAUGGUCAAAAGCACCAUUCAAAAACAAGUCGUUACCAAGUCACGUGCGUCAGGGCCAAUUAGCGUCUGGAACGUCAUCACCUGUCAGCCAAUCAGAACGCUUACUGGUACAAACGCGGAUGAGAUCCUUGUGGUGGACGAGACACGUGCUGUGGUUCGAUCUGGGGCCAAGCUGGCCUUAGUUGAUCUUCAAGGAGGAAAACUGAUCAAAAAGAUGCGAUCUGAAUUCACCACUAAAACAGACAAAGUCAACAGACAUGCCAGCUCGUUGUACAAAAGGCGUGACCUGGCCAUCCGAUUGGCUGAGAGCCCGCGAUUCAACACGCGCACUAAAUCAAAAACCCGAAAAUUCAACGAUUGCGCUUUGGUCGGUACUACGCAUGUGCUGGUUCUUUCAAAAGACAGACUUUAUAUGAAACUUGCUUCCUUGGAAACGGGUGAGCCUGUUGCUAAGCUAAAGGCUGGUCAGCGGCAGAUGAUCGAGACUAUUAUGGUCAGUGAUAAUGGAGCGGUUGCUGUGUGUUCGUGUGAAAACUUCCCGCUUCUGGUGUGGGACAUCAAGGAGAGAAGAAACAAGUUUUCUUUAGACAUGGAGGGUACCUUCCCACAGCUUGCUAUCGCGGACAUCACUCAUAACGGACAUUACCUGGUUGAUGUAAUCAAACUCGACAAGAAGCACAAAACUGUUGUCACGUGGGAUCUCGAGACUGGAACUGUCAAGCAUCUGAUUGGCCAAGGCGUGAAUGUUUGGUCAGUGGCAGUCUCUUCAGUGAGCAUGCGCUUAGUUGUGACCGGAAGUAGUGGUUCUGGGGAGACUAUUCGAAUCUAUGAUCUCACAAAUGGUGAGUUUAAGCACCAGCUGGGUGGACACACAGAACCCGUCAAAGGUGUCUGUCUGUCCAAAGACGGCCGUCGCUUACUGACCUACGUCCCACUGGGCUCCAGGGAUCGAAGUGUCUGUCUGUGGGACAUUAUUACUGGGUGUCCCAUUGCGUCAUUCACUCCUGACUUGCCUGUGUCUAGUUGUGUCUUGAACGACGACGGUGAUCAGGUUGUCAUGGUGAUCAAUAAGUCGCGUCCAAUAGUAUCCCUUGCUUUGACACAUGAAGUUGGAUCACGUGAGAUGUCGGUUGAUGUUUCCAAUUCGUACUUCAACCACCCCACCCUUCACGGGGCUGUCUUUGACAUGACUGCACAGAUGAACUGGGAAGAUGCUGAGGAUCAAGAUGACGAGUAAACAGAGACAGCGCACUGUCUAUAGAUGUUAUACAGAAGCUUUGCACCAUCACGUAAUGGAAGCCAUGGCAGGAGGCAGGAACAAUUUAAUCUGGUCUAAUCUGGAUAACAUGAGAAAGGGACUGGCGGGUGAAGGACUCUGUCGCUGUGCCUCCUGUCAUGGCUGCCAUCACCUGAUGGUGUAGAGCCUCAUCUACCUGUGUGCCUAGUGAUACUAUUGUACCUACCAUUUAUUGUGUCAAAUCUAUUGGUUGUUGCGCCCUGUAGGUUACUACACUACUACUACCUAUAGACUUACUUUAGACUAACUAUAGACCAACUCUAGACCAACUCUAGACCAACUCUAGACCAACUCUAGACCAACUCUAGACCAACUCUA